UCACAGCAACAGAUUGGAAGGAAAGUUGAGGUGGACGGACAUAAACCGGCGCAGCUCAGGUUUUAGUAUUGUUUUAAUAUUUCUUUCCCGAAAAACCGACUACAGCUGAGCCACCAUGCCGAAAAGAAGCAAAGCCAACAAUGGAACCGAAGCAUCUGAGCCAAAAAGGAGAUCCGAGAGGCUUCAAGCUAAGCCACAGGCGCCCGCGCCAAAACCAAAGAAGGCACCUGCGAAGCCCAGGAAGGUGAAGGAAGAUAAGAAAGCCAAGCCUGAGAAGAAGGCGAAGGAGGCCGAGGCUGAGCAGAACCCUGCGGAAAACGGAGAGGACAAGGCUGAAGAGGAAGCCAGUCAGGAGACAGAAGAUAAGAAGGAUGAGAAAGAAGCUGCUGAAUAAGACCUUUUUCACCAUACCAGAGGAAUAUUUUUAUCAGCUAUUUUAUAAAAAAGGAAAAAAAAAAAAUCAGUUUUGUAGUCGACUUCUAUAAACACAUUGUAUAGAAAGUGGUUAAAGGCCUUAGGGGAGAAAUUCUGUCCUGUAUUUCUUCUUUAUAUCUCUUGAAGAGGAACUGCAGUUAUGGAACAAUUUUUAAACUUUUUACUUUUAAAAACUUUUUUGUUUGGAAAGAAGGGAUGAAGCAGGGCCUCGUUCCUCAGGCCGGGCUGAAGAACUUCACCCGGUUCAUACCUGACUGUUCAUAAAGAUCACGGUACUACAGCAUGAGUUACUAUGGUAACACAUCACCUUCAGAUCAAAGCUGCUCUUGCAUCAAAAUGUGCAACGCUUUACAAAUACUCAUUUUCUACUGACAAGCACCGACGGUUCUGUGAGAUGUUCUUGUGAUGUUCAGAAUGUGUUACCUGCUCUGAUUGGACACAAAAUAAACAGCACGUUAAAUUCUCUAAAGUUUCGUCUGAGUCAGGUUUAUAAGAACACCUUGGCCUUUUUGAGGAACCAGGUUUGUGAGAUGUGGUAAAACUCUAAAGUCUGGUUUAAACAAAUGUUUUAAUACUGGUUUUGAUGUUCGCUUGUUGACUUUGCCUCGUUUACUUACUGUAUUAGCUUAGGUGAGUCAAGUCAUUGUUAGUGUAGCAAAACAUAAACCCAAGAUUGUUUAGACUCAAAUCUGAAAAGUAAAAAAAAAAA